UAAACGCUAAGGAAGUUCGUCGUUACUAGUGUCACCGUCGAUGCACUCAAUUAUGCCAAAUCUUGCCUCACUGCAGUAAAUAGUAAAAUUCUGAUAGUUGUCAAACAUCGCCUUACAUUUGACCGUGAUGAGAUACAAUGAAGCCGAUUAGCAUUUGCAGAAACUAAGCUGUACGAAAUAAAUUUAACCUACGAAGUUAUGACAUAAUCGAUGAUAUUUAAGCAAAUCAACUAUUGUAUUAAACGCAUAGCGUGAAGCAAAAAUGGUAGCUGGCCCCACAGAGCAUGGCAUACAAGCCGAUGUAAUAUUUGUUAUCGAAGGAACAGCUGUUAAUGGAGCUUAUCUCAAUGAUUUGAGAACCAAUUAUCUCCUUCCAACACUUGAGUACUUCAAUCAAGGUCCUAUCGAAGAUAGGGAAUAUGUUUCUGAGAAUAGCGCAACAUUAUACGGUAUAGUGGUAUACCAUGCAGCCGAUUGCUUACCAGCUCCAUGUACAGAAACUUUUGGACCGUAUGCUAAUCCACACAAGUUACUGUUGGUUUUAGAUAAAUUAGAAAUGGUCGGCGGAAAGGGAGAAUCUUAUGCAAACAUUGGAGAGGGGCUUGCCACUGGAUUACAGUGCUUUGAAGAUUUGCAAUUACGCCGUGAACCAAACACUGCAUCCCAGAAACAUUGUAUCUUGAUUUGUAAUUCCCCUCCAUAUCAAACAGUCAUACAAGAAUCGUAUAAAUUUGCUGGCCACACCGUAGAGCAAUUGGCUGCGCUUUAUCAAGAGAGGAACAUCAAUCUUUCUAUAUUAUCUCCUAGGAAAAUACCCGCAUUGUUCAAAUUAUUCGAAAAGGCUGGAGGAGAUCUGCAAUCGUCUCAGACCAAAAAUUAUGCCAAAGAUCCUCGACAUUUGGUACUGUUACGCAAUUACAAUUUAAAAGAAAGGCCUGUUAGUCCUCCGAUCGGUGGACCCGUUCAUACUACUCCGGGUACUGCUGCUCAAAUCCCAUUGAGUCCGUUGCAAAGCAACGAUAGCCCAAAUACGAAUCAAGUUCAACAAAACAUCGCUCAACCAACCCAGUCACAAGGCCCUCCGUUCAGAAACCAAACACCACAAAAUAUUACUUCAGUUCACCAAACGGUUACGCCAAUAGCAGCUGCUAUGAAUGCUGGGCGACCACCGUACAAUCCUCAACUAUCUGCUCCGCCAACGUAUCACACAACAGCUGUAGGUGUGAGAGCGGGUCAUACCAGAUGGAGGCCAUUCGUAACACCAGGAACUACUGGUCCAGCAAAUGCACAAAGCAGUGCGUUAAUAGCACAAUUAAAUCAACCUCCUUCGUUGGGACUUAACGUAACCCAGUUUGGACAAAGAAUGGAUAGUAUUACAUUUUCAGUAGCCAAUACCAAUGUUAUGGCUGCCAAUGCGCAACAGCAGCAACAACAGCAGCAGCAGCAGCAGCAGCAACUGACGCAGCAACAACAAGUGAGAUUCACGAUGUUGCAGCAGCAGCAGCAGCAGCAACAACAACAGCAACAACAACAAAAUGUUCAACAGCAAGGCUCGAUGCCUAUGUCUGCGCAACAAACUCAUGGACAAGGUGGACAACAACUUACAGUAUCGUGUGUUAGUCAAUCAAUACCCACCCAAGUACCGCAAACGGUUACAGCUUCCCAGACACAGUCGUCUGUAUCAUCAGGUACUCAGCAACAACAGGUGCCACACUCUCAAGCACAGGGCAACGUAAGUGCUGGUUCCGUAACCGGUCCACAAAUAGCUGUACCGCACGAAAGACACACUAUAUGGCAGGGUAUCAUUGAAUGGGUUGAGAAAGCAAAGAUUCCAGCGGAUGCUCAAAAGCAGACCAGACAUCUACCCUGUCAAGUUUCUGCAAACUCCAAAGACGGAGAUCCAGAAUUGAAAGCUGACACCUGGCCACAGAAGUUGCUUAUGCAAUUAAUGCCUAAACAACUGAUAGGCAAUAUUGGCGGAUCAUAUUUAAAAAAUUCCAAGUCUGUUCUUUUUCACCCGACGCCGUGCGAGGCAUUGGAGUCCUUGACAAAAGUUAUGAGUUCUGGAUUCGCGGGGUGCGUUCAUUUUACCCUUUUACCGCCAUCGUCAACGUGCGACAUAAAAGUACUUAUCCUUUUGUAUACCGCUGAGAAAAGAACGUAUUUAGGAUUCAUUCCGAACGACCAGACAGGUUUCGUAGACCGUCUUCGAAAAGUGAUACAACAUCAAAAGACAUCACAUGCUUCUAUGAGACAGGGGCAAGUGAGUACAAAUUUACAUUUUAAGUUGUCACAGGCCGGAGGUGGGCAAGGAAAUGCAAUAACUGGACCCAUGGCCACUACGGGUACGUCUCAAGGCGGUAUUCUUUUGUCUCAGACGAACACUAUAGCAAUGGGUGGUGGACAAAUAACGCAAAAUGUUGUUACCGCGAAUAAUCCACAACAAACGUUAACUUCAUCCGGCGGUCCUCAGAAUCAAAUAAAUAUGCAGAGCGGUGCAAUUACUGGCCCCCAAGUUGCUGCAGCUGCUGGCACAAUGAUAGGGCAACAAAGACCACCGUUCGAUGAUAUAGAAAUCGCUAGGCAUCAAAAUUUAUUAAAAAUCCAACAAUUACGGCAAACGUUAGAAGCUGCGCAGCAACAAGAAGCGCAAUACAAAUCGCAGCUGGAAGUGAAUAUUCAACAAAAUUUAGAGGUUGCACAACAACAGGAAAUGCAGUACAAACAACAGUUAGAGGCUCAACAAGCACAAAGAGCUCUCAAUCCUGCGGGUAUGGCGAAUCAACAAGCAAAUCCGCCAAGAUUGAUGCGACCUGUUUCGAAUAUGGGUCUCAGGCAUUUGUUGCAACAAUCGCAACCUCCAUAUAGGCAUCAAGUACUUGGAAUACAGCAACAAAUAGUAGGUGCCAGGGGGCAGAUGACGACAAGACCUAUGGCUCCUGGUAACCCACAGAAUCAGCAAUUCGAAGAUGUCUCUAAUUAUGACUUUCUUGGAUAGACAAUUUAAAUAAGAAAUAUUUUUUUAAGCAUAGUCGCUAUAUUGUGAAUAUUAUAAAUUAUUUAUCGGUUCGUGCGAGUUGAUAAUACCAUUAAUACCUUUUACGUACAAUAUGGAUUACAGGAUAUACAUGCGUGCCGAAAUAUAUA